AGCAGACCUUGAGCCCAAGAGGUCUCUUUUUCUAUGUAAAACCAAAAAAUUCGUAGGGGUUGGGAGAGGAAAAUUCAUUUGUUCUGUGCCACUAAGAAAGUAGAGAGAGAAGGAAGAGAGAGAUAAGGAGAGGCGGUUCAUUUGGUUUUCGAAGAGAAAAAAAGUCGCCUCUGCUCUAUAUAGGAAGAAUAAAUCUCCCCGAUCUCUCUCUAUCUCUAUCUCGUCCUCCGCCUUGUAACCGGUUCCCUUUCUUCCCGAACCCAGAUUCGUCAAGCUUCCUUCCGUUACUCAGCAUUUGAAGGCUUAUUCUGCACAAGGGCAUUGUAUUGGUUCUGCUCUACUCAUUCAAUCCAAGGUUCAUGUCUGAGUUUGACAAUCAGAUUCCAUCUGCAUUUGACCCUUUUGCUGAUGCAAAUGCUGAGGACUCUGGUGCGGGUACAAAAGAGUACGUUCAUGUGCGCAUACAGCAGCGAAAUGGGAGGAAAAGCCUGACUACUGUGCAAGGGUUGAAGAAAGAGUUCAGCUACAACAAGAUACUCAAGGACUUGAAGAAGGAGUUCUGCUGUAAUGGUACAGUCGUCCAGGACCCUGAGUUAGGCCAGGUCAUUCAGCUUCAGGGCGAUCAGAGGAAGAACGUCUCCACAUUCCUUGUGCAGGCUGGGAUUGUUAAGAAGGAGAACAUCAAGAUCCAUGGUUUCUAAAAGUUGCAAGAUAAGCGAGAUCUUGUUAUCUACCUAGUAGACUUUCAAGUUGUUUAGAAGGAAAAGGGUGAAGAAUCUCACAUGUGUGGGACAGUUGGGACGGAUUGAAAGUUUGGGGGAUAUCAGUACUGUCUGGAAUUUGUUUGCUUUUUAAGUUUGUGCUGUGUGGCUGUCUUAAAUCGUCAGCAAGUGAAAACUAGUUUUUGGUUGUGGUGGUGUUAUAUGUGUCUUCAGACUUGCUGGAUGUUUUAUGGAGUGCCGUCAUUGCUCACUGAUUGGUUCCCAGAAUAAAAAAUGGUGGUCUCGUAAUCCCUGUCUAGCUGUAUCGAUUGGUCAUUGUGGUCCGAUCGUGCUUUUAAGUUUUAACCCGGUUUUCGCAUCGCUCUCCUUGUUUUGAUAUUUGAUCUUGGAAUGCCACUAGAAAAUAAUUGAUCAUCCUUUUC